AUGUCAGCAACCGAAAGCCGAGCAAGCAGCUCGCAUGCUUCGCGAGUGCCAGCCGAGUCGUCAACUCCUUCAUAUUCAAGGCAGCGCCCCGCCUCACCCGCCCUACAACCUGCUGCAGGCCAGCGGACUCCUCUUAAUGUCGCAAACAUCCCUUCUUCACACCCUGUCGCGGCCUCCGAAUCUUCCCCCGACUCAUCACCGACCCAGACCGACUCUACGCGAGACUCAACCUCGUUCUCACCUCAGCGCAUCAAAGUUCGCGACUUGAGGCACAUUCAGACCUUGGCCGACAACGAGAUGCAUUCCUUUGCAGAAGAUGGCAACAAAGUCGGCGAUCAGGGUCCGCAAUACGAAAUUAGUGGCAUGCCCAUCGAAAACAUUAUCGAGAUGGUUGCUGGCCUCUUGACCAAAAUAACAGCUACAAAUGACAGGCAACACCAACACCUGCAUCACCAGAUGACACCACCAGAGGGCGGCUCGUCUUCGAAUCGAAUGCAAUCGAACAGUGUGCUAGCCUUCCACGGAAAGAACGUGCCCAGCAUAACGAUUCUGAGCUACCUUCUCCGUAUCAACAAAUACUGCCCUACGAGCUACGAGGUGUUCCUAAGUCUUUUGGUCUAUUUCGAUCGCAUGAUGGAGAAGGUGAAUGCGGGCGCCAUGCAAAACCUACGAGAGAUGGACAGACAUGAACGCGCUAUAGCUUCUGAACAAGAGCUCAAGAGUCCUGCUUCUUCAAAAUCGAUGGAGAAUACGGCGCCCGUGAGCCAUGGCUACGCACAGACAGCAACACCUCCGUUAUCUGGUGAGCUCGAGACCCAAAGUCAAGGCGCUGUACCCGGUACUCCCCACAGCAAAACUCGCCAGCCCGACUCUCCAGCAGCAUCUACCCUGGAUACAGACACCCUCGACCUCUCACAUCUCUUCGUUGUUGACAGCUUCAACAUCCAUCGCCUGGUCAUUGCAGGUGUGACAUGCGCUAGCAAAUUCUUUUCUGACAUCUUCUACACAAACUCGCGCUAUGCUAAGGUUCGUCGUUUCUCGAAAACGCUCCCAAGUCAUCCAUUAACAUAUCUUCUAGNNGUUGGUGGUCUACCACUCCCCGAGCUCAACCACCUCGAGUUGCAGUUCCUACUUUUGAACGACUUCCGACUAUCCGUUCCUGUUGAAGAAAUCGAAGCAUACGGAACCACCUUGGUCGAAUUUUACGCCCGGGAGGUUUUGGCUCAAAGAGCAGAGCAGGCUGAAUAG